GCCAAAGACCGAGUUAGGGACCUCGCUCUCUUUUUCACCUUUUUUUAUUAAUGUAGAUUCUUUCCCCCAUCGGUGCGACCGCUGAAAUACGGCAACCGCCACAGUCUCUAGUAUAGAGCUGAAACCAAUGUGAUUGUUUUACAUUCAAGCAACCACGUCGCCUCGUCCACGUGUAUCGCUUGCUUUUCUCGCUGAUCGUCACAGCGAACGAGCUAAACGCCAAACGGAUCGUCCGAGCUCGCAUAUCGCUGUCAAGCGCUGCGUCUUCUUCAACAUCCACCACCGGAUGGAAACCACCAAACACAACUUACACGGUUUCACCUGACAUGUCACUUCUGUACACCAUUCCGACAUCAUAAUAUUUGUGCCAAUGGGGCCGGCCGAUUACAGCGAUGGCCUGCCACAGGCGCAAAAGGUCAUGUUCGAGACGGGCUCCUUCACCGGUUACCGCCAUGUCGUGUCGGAGCUUGGGAGCGGCUAUCUGAGUGCUGCGCGCGUCUUCGCCCAGCCAUUAUGCGGAAACGAGGAGGGAUGGGGCCCGAUGAGCCCGUUUCGAUACGACUUCACGCCAUGUUUUAUCGACGUGUGGGUAGCUGUGGUGGCGGCCUUUGGCAUCUUUGUUGGUGCAAUUGCCGUUUGGUGGCUGCUUAAGAGGAAGCAAUCGACACCCGUAUCGAAGGACUGGCAUUUCUGGACAAAACAGACGCUCCUCGGCCUCAUCAUCGCCGAUGUUGCCGUCCAAUUAGGUUUCCAGAUCGCCAGAUAUCGGGAUAUCUGGUACGGCGACUUCAGGGUCUACACUACCGCUGCCACCAUCCUCUCGCUUUUCGUCGUCUUCGCCAUCCAAUGGCUCGAGCACUCGCGACUCCGAAACGCAAACGGCGUUGUUCUGUUCUACUGGCUGUUCCUCCUGAUCGCGCUGGCGGUCAAGCUUCGGUCCCUGAUUUCGCAGCAAGUCUACGCCCAGAGCCUGCCAUACUUCGUCACAUAUGUCGUCGGCUUCGGUCUUUCCGUGGUCGAAUUCCUCUUGGAGUGGCUGUGGCCAAAGAAGAAUAGCGCGUACGAGGCCUUGGUCGACGAGGAGGAAUGCCCCGCAGAAUACGCUACUGUCUUCUCCCGCCUCACCUUUUCGUGGAUGACGCCCAUGAUGAAGUACGGCUACUCCGCCUUCCUGACGGAGGAGGACCUCUGGGGUCUGUCAAAGGACGACGCGACCAAGUCAACUGGUGACGCCUUUGACAAGAUGUGGCAGUACGAGUUGGAACAUCGGAAGCACCCUUCGCUCUGGCGAGCGCUUUUUGGGGCUUACGGCAGCCCUUACAUGCUUGCGGCAGUUUUCAAAGUCAUGAACGACGUCUCACAGUUCACCCAGCCGCAGCUCCUGAGGUUUCUAAUCGCUUUUGUGGCCUCCUACAACAACGGGAACGAGCCCCAGCCCGUCAUCAAGGGCGCUGCUAUCGCACUCGCCAUGUUUGCCAUUGCCGUCUUCCAGACAACCAUGGUUCAUCAGUACUUCCAGCUGACCUUCGUCACCGGAAUGAGAAUCAAGGGUGGCCUGUCUUCCUCCAUUUAUAAGAAAGCGCUGAAGCUGUCAAACGAGGGCCGGGCAUCCAAGACCACUGGAGACAUCGUUAACUACAUGGCGGUCGAUGCCCAGCGGCUGCAAGACCUUACUCAGUUCGGCCAGCAGAUAUGGUCGGCUCCCUUCCAGAUCAUCAUCUGCAUGGUUUCGCUCUACCACUUGGUCGGGUGGUCCAUGUUGGCAGGCAUUGGCGUCAUGAUCUUCAUGAUCCCCAUCAACGGCAUGAUUGCUCGCAUCAUGAGGAACUUGCAGAAAGCACAGAUGAAGAACAAGGAUGCCAGAAGCCGGCUGGUUGCCGAGAUCGUCAACAAUAUGAAGAGUAUCAAGCUCUACGCCUGGGGAGCGGCUUUUAUGAACAAGCUGAACUACAUCAGGAACGAUCAGGAGUUGAAAAACCUGCGCAAGAUCGGCGCCGGCCAGGCCUUUGCCAACUUUACCUGGUCUAGCACUCCGUUCCUGGUCUCCUGUUCCACCUUCGCCGUAUUUGUGCUUACCACUGACCGUCCCCUGACAACGGACAUUGUCUUCCCUGCUCUAGCUCUGUUCAACCUCCUCACCUUUCCCUUGGCGGUUCUCCCCAUGGUAAUUACCUCGUUCAUCGAGGCGAGCGUUGCCGUUGGCCGCCUCACUUCGUACCUGGUCGCCGAAGAAGUCCAGCCUGAGGCCAUUGUCGUAAAGCCGCCUGUCGAGAUUUUGGGGGAGGAGUCCGUGUUGAUCCGUAACGCUUCUUUCUCCUGGAAUCGCCACGAGGACAAGACGGCGCUGAAGGACAUUAACUUCAGCGCCCACAAGGGCGAUCUGUCCUGCAUUGUUGGCCUCGUCGGUGCAGGCAAGAGCUCUCUCCUGCAGAGUAUCCUCGGUGAUCUGUGGAAGGUGAAGGGCGACGUCGAGGUCCACGGAAUGGUGGCCUACGUUAGCCAGUCGCCGUGGAUCAUGAACGCUACUGUCCGGGAAAACAUUAUCUUUGGCUACCGGUACGACUCUAACUUCUACGAAAAGACCGUGAAGGCUUGCGCUCUUCUGGAUGACUUUGCCCAACUCCCUGAUGGCGACGAGACCGUUGUCGGAGAGCGCGGGAUCGCACUCAGCGGCGGCCAAAAGGCCCGCGUUGCUCUGGCGAGAGCCGUCUACGCGAGGGCGGACAUCUAUCUCAUGGACGACUGCCUCUCCGCCGUUGAUUCCCAUGUUGGACGCCACAUCAUCGAUAACGUUCUCGGCCCCAAGGGCCUGCUUAGCUCGAAGACAAGGAUUCUCGCUACCAACUCGAUUCCUGUCCUUGUCAAGUCAGACUACAUCUGCAUGAUUAAAGAGGGCGAAAUCACCGAGAGGGGCACCUACCAGCAGCUCACGGCAAUGAGGGGCGCCGUCUUCGAUCUGAUCAAGACUGCCGGGCAAAACGACUCGGGCUCCAGUUCCCCGGUUGCGUCCCCUAGUGACAGCGACAGCGAGACGUCGACUAUUAUUGAGGCAGCGAGCAGCAGCCAGGACAAAGAAGAGCUAGAGGAAGCCCAGGAAAGGCUGAGCGCACUCCAAGCCAUCAAACCCGGCCCUGGCAGCUCUUCUUACCAGGCCCAGAAACCGCGGGCUGGGAGCAUGGCUACCCUGCGGCGCGCCAGUGCCGCCAGCUUCAAGGGCCCACGGGGCAAGCUUCACGACGAGGAAGCCCCCAGCAAGACCAGACAGGCCAAGGAGCACUUGGAGCAAGGCAAAGUCAAGUGGUCAGUCUACGGUGAAUAUGCCAAGGCGAACAAUCUCGUGGCCGUUGCUAUCUACCUCUUUGCCCUCGUUGCUGCUCAAACGGCCCAGAUUGCCGGGAGCGUUUGGCUCAAGAGCUGGGCCGAUAGGAACACCAAGGCCGGCAGUAACCCCGAAGUUGGCAAGUACAUCGGCAUCUACUUCGCGUUCGGCAUCGGCGCUGCCGCCCUGACGGUCAUACAGACCCUCAUUCUCUGGAUCUUCUGCUCCAUUGAGGCAUCCCGCAAGUUACACGAAAAAAUGGCCACCGCCAUCUUCAGAUCGCCCAUGUCCUUCUUUGACGUUACGCCGGCUGGCCGCAUUCUAAACCGGUUCUCGAGCGACAUCUACCGUGUCGAUGAAGUACUUGCCCGAACCUUCAACAUGCUGUUCAACAACCUCGCGAAGUCGUUGUUCACCCUUGUCGUCAUCACGGUCACGGUGCCUCCUUUCGCCGCCUUUAUCGUUCCGUUAGGCCUGAUGUACAUGUGGAUCCAGCGGUACUACCUUCGGUCUUCCCGAGAGCUCAAGAGAUUGGACAGCGUGAGCCGCAGCCCAAUUUAUGCUCACUUCCAGGAGUCUUUGGGCGGCAUCUCCACCAUCCGUGCAUACCGCCAGCAGGACAGGUUCGAGCUCGAGAAUGAGUGGCGAGUGGAUGCCAACCUUCGGGCUUACUUCCCCUCCAUCAGCGCUAAUCGAUGGCUGGCCGUGAGGCUCGAGUUCAUUGGUGCGAUUGUCAUCCUGGCUGCCGCUGGGCUCGCUGUCAUCGCGGUGGCGAGCGGCACCAAACUCAGUGAGGGGAUGGUCGGUCUGGCCCUAUCCUACGGCUUGCAGAUUACCACGUCUCUCAACUGGAUCGUCCGCCAAACGGUCGAGGUGGAGACCAACAUCGUGUCCGUGGAGCGCGUGCUCGAGUACGCGGCGCUGCCGAGCGAGGCGCCCGAGAUCAUCCACCGCAGCCGGCCGGCGGUGAGCUGGCCGUCGCGUGGCGAGGUUGAGUUCAAGAAUUACAGUGCGCGCUAUCGCGAGGGGCUCGAUCUUGUGCUCAAGAAUAUUAACCUGGAUAUCAAAUCACACGAGAAGAUUGGCGUCGUGGGACGCACGGGAGCCGGGAAAUCCUCCUUGACUCUCGCCCUCUUCAGGAUCAUUGAGCCUGAUACGGGUAACAUUAGCCUUGAUGGCCUCAACACGUCAACCAUCGGCCUGCUAGAUCUCAGGCGACGUCUUGCCAUCAUCCCGCAGGAUGCGGCUCUCUUUGAGGGCACCAUUCGGGACAAUCUGGACCCCGGCCACGUCCAUGAUGACACGGAGCUUUGGAGCGUUCUUGAACACGCCCGGCUAAAGGACCACGUUGCCUCCAUGGACGGCGGGUUGGAGGCCAAGAUCCACGAAGGAGGCUCCAACCUCUCCCAGGGCCAACGCCAACUGGUCUCGCUCGCGCGGGCGAUGCUGACCCCCUCCAACAUCCUGGUGCUCGACGAAGCCACGGCCGCCGUCGACGUGCAGACGGACGCGAUGCUGCAGACGACGCUGCGCGGCCCGCUGUUCGCCAACCGCACCAUCAUCACCGUCGCCCACCGCAUCAAUACCAUCCUCGACAGCGACCGCGUCGUGGUGCUCGACAAGGGCGAGGUGGCCGAGUUUGAUACGCCGGCGGAGUUGAUUAAGAGGCGGGGGGUGUUUUAUGGGCUGGUCAAGGAGGCGGGGCUGUUGGAGGAGUAAGGUCUCUCUCUCUCUCUCUCUCUCUCUCUCUCUCUCUCCAGAAGCCGGAAGAAGGGGGGGUGGGUGCG